AAGAUCUUCAAGAUGAAACCUUGAUUCACCAAACUGUGCACUGCUCAAAGACAAGUGUUCUGCCAGGACCACAAAGCCAUUCUGUGUUAUGGCUGCAAAGACAAGCUUCACACUAAAUGACAAGUCGAUGAGAUUGUGGAUCCAGACAGAGUUCAAGCUAACAUCACUCACUUGGACAGGGUGCUUGAGACCAUGGGUGGAGACCAGACCAACUUCAACAUUGGAAUGCAUAUCAGAGACAUGGAAGAGUUCAUUCACACACAAAAAUCUAAAAUUGCUUCCAUUCAAACCAAAUUUGAUGAGUCAUUCAAGCAAGACAGGUUUCUGGAAUACAAAACUCUUCUCGAAGAAGUUCUUGGAGUCAGUACAGAGAUAAAAGAAAAUGAAGUGUUCCAGGAGUAUUGUAGUUUCCUGGUCAACUUCAAUGUAGCACAUAAACUUGAUCUAGAUCAAGAAACGAAACAGGAUGAAGUAUUCGCAGAUGCCGAGAAAUCUCAAACUUGUGAAAAUAGUUUGGAGACCACUCAAGCAUACUUGGAUGAAUUUGCCAACAAAGAGGAUCUUGAGAAACUGUAUGAAAGAGUGAUGGAGUGUGACCUUCAAUCAAAGAAACUUGAAGAACUAAAGAUCGAUCUGAGCAUCGAUAAAGAAAUUGAAAUGAUGGAUGAGAUCCUAAAAUCCAAUACUGAAAUCAAGAACCUAGAAAAACUGACAUUGACAAAUUGUGACAAAAAUAUUGAGAAUGUGAUAAAGUUUCUAAAUCUUCCAUUAUUUUCAAAUAUUAAAACACUCAAACUAGAUUGAGAUGAGAAGUGUUCAUGGCUUUAUUGAAAAAUAAAGCCUGUUUUGCCAGCUCUAGCAUCAGCAGUUGAGUCAAUGAAUAUCAAAGAAGUUAAUUUAGAGGUUUGGAAGUUUGAGGCAAAUGAUUUAGCAAACUUUAUAAACACUUGCUCAACUUGUGAAGUAAUCUCAAUCAAAUCUACAAAUUUCGGUAUUACAAAUCAAUCUCUAUUCGAAAAAGCAGCAAAAUCCCACAUAAAGACUCUAAAAUUAAGUGGAUAUGGUAACCGAAGUUUUCUACCCGGAAAUGAUGAAUCAAUUCUGAAGAUAAUUCAAGGAUCAGCACUGAAAGACUCACUGCAAGAAAUACAGUUAGGCAAGUUCUGUUCCCAGAGAUCAUUCCAAAUGGCACUUAGAAUGACAAGAAUGGGGCUGGGACAUAUUAAAGUGACUGCUAUAAGCGAUUAAUUUGAUAAUUUUCUUGCAUUUUUGAUA